UCACAUAAUAAGGGUCAUGCACAUGUUCAGCAUAUUUCAAAUACCACAACAAUAUAUCCUUAAGAGAUGGACAAGACUUGCAAAGUCAGCAGUAUGGGAGAAUGUUCAAGACAAGGACCAAAGCCAAAAUGCACAGUUGUGGACACCAUGGAGACAUGCAAUAACCAAGAAUUUCUACAACCUAGUGUCAAUAUGUCAAUCAAAUGAGGAUGCAAGAACAUUAUGUGACAAGUCGUUGAAGGAAUUAUACAAAUCAGUGAAAGAAGUUUUCAAGACUGAUCAACAAAAACAACAAGAAAUCGAAGAUGAAGAACUACGAAGACAAACAGUUGAAAAUCCUGAGGUGAUAAAGACAAAAGGAAGACCACCAAAGGGAAACAAGAGAGUAAAAGGACAUUUUGAGAAGCGUAAAAUGAAGACAAGGCAUCCGAACGAAUAUGGAACAAAAACCCCAAAUGUACCUCAAGUUGAAUAGUGUUCAAAUAAUAUUAGUUUUCAAUUGUAUUCCACUCAGUAAUUGUAUUGAAAUUUACACUUGUUUAUUCCUAAGCUACUCGAAAUUCAGUAAUAUUAGUAUUUAUUGUCCUUCAGU